GUUGAAGCCAGAUCUUGGAGCGCUGUGACGCGAGAAUAUACAAAGACGCGCCUCAGCACCUGGCUACCUGAUAAACAAAUCCAAUCCCAAUUUCUCUGGAAGGAGAAAAUAUUGUCAAAUCCACCUCCAUCUCAAAAAAGGAGAAAAUAUGGUUAAAUGCGACAACCAUAAAUACUUCUUUCUGUAAAUGGCACCAAUUUUGCUACCUAAAAGGGUAGAAAUUAAGGGGCAUACAGAUGUUUGGUUCCAUUUCUCUGAAGAGCACAUCUGACAAAUUUACUUCACAUGUACUCUUGUAAUUACAUCUAUCCUGAAACAAACAGAUUAGGAUUUUGGUCGGUGCAUGAAAAGAUAUAUGAAUCUGAAGUUGCUAAUUGCUACUCCCUCCAUUCUAAAUUAUAGAUCGUUUUGGUAUUUAUAGGUGCAUAAUAAUUAAUAUGUAUCUAGAUAAAUGAUCAAUAAUUUGGAACGGAGGGAGUAGACGCGACAAGUUGGCCUCACGUCCGGAGUUCGGUGAACCUAGAAACAAACAAGCAGUACUGGUAAGAGCUCAGCAGCUGAUUAUCUCAUUAACAGAUCCAAUCCCUAUCUUUUGGGGGCGAAAUAACAAAGGUUUCACUAACAUUUCAGCAAUCUUCAGCACCGGGCAUUGGCUAUCACUCAGAGAAGUUCAAUCUUGGACAUGGUCCCUAGAUUGCCUACAAGGUUAUGUCGCAACCUCUCCAGGACUCCACUGACAGUCAAACCCGAAGCUUUCAGUCGUGAAACUUGAGUCUAGCCGGCGUAGCUAUCAGGCGCGAAUACAUUAUAUAUUCGCCAAUCGCUUCCUUGCAAGCAUUGUUAAUCGCAAGAAAUCUUGAGGUCAAUGCUUGCACGUACGAGCAACGAAGAAAAACGGUGCCAUCUAGUGCUAUAAACUAAACCCUCAAUUGCCUUCCCUUUCAAAUCGUUGCGCACGUCGGCACGCAGAGUGUUUGCGGAGGAAAUGGGGAUCAGCGCGGCGCAGCGCCGGCGCCGGCGGCGGCAGUGGACGCUGGCGCUGGUGACCGUGGCGGCGCUGCUGGAGCGCGCGGACGAGGCGCUGCUGCCGGCGGUGUACAGGGAGGUGGGCGCGGCGCUGGGGGCCUCGCCCACCGCGCUGGGAUCCCUCACGCUGUGCCGCGCGCUCGUGCAGGCCGUGUGCUACCCGCUCGCGACGUGCGCCGCGGCGCGCCACGACCGCGCGCGCGUCGUCGCCGCGGGCGCAUUCCUAUGGGCCGUGGCCACGCUGCUCGUCGGCGCCUCGGGCACAUUUCUCCAGAUGGCGUUGGCCAGGGGCUUCAAUGGCGUUGGGCUGGCGCUCGUGGUGCCGGCGAUCUACUCCCUCGUGGCCGACUACAGCGACGACGCCACGCGUGGCUCGGCGUUCGGGUGGAUGGUGAUGGCACAGAGCAUGGGCCAUGUCACGGGGAACUCCCUCGGCGUGCUGCUCGCGGCCACGAGCUUCUUCGGCGUCCCAGGCUGGCGGCUGGCGUUCUACGCCCUCGCCCUCGUCAGCGCCUCGCUCGCCUCCCUGACAUGGCUCCUCGGCGCGGACCCCCGCCCCAGCAGGACGAAGGCGACCGCCGCGGCCACGCUGUCCCGACUCGUCGGAGAAGCCAAGGACGUGGUGCGGGUGCCGACGUUCCAGAUCAUCGUGGCGCAGGGCGUGGCCGGGACCGUCCCGUGGUCGGCGCUCAGCUUCGCCGCCAUGUGGCUGGAGCUCGUGGGGUUCACGCACUGGCAGACCAGUGCGAUCACUACCCUGAACAGCCUCGCCAACGCGCUCGGCGCGCUGUUCGCGGGAUUCGUCGGGGACCCGCUGGCGCGGCGGUUCCCCAACACGGGGAGAAUCGCGCUGGCACAGGUGUGCACCGCGUCGACCGUCCCGCUCGCGGCCGUCCUGCUGCUCGCGCUCCCCGACGACCCCGCGGCGGGGGCUGCGUACGCCGCCGCGUUCUUCGUCUUGGGCUUCGCCAUGCCCUGGUGCCCCGUCACCACAAACUAUCCAAUUUUCGCGGAGAUCGUGCCGGAGACGGCGAGGACGACGGUGUACGCGAUCGACAGGUGCCUCGAGUCGGUGUUCGCGUCGUUCGCGCCGCCGCUCGUGGGCAUCCUGGCGGAGCGCGUCUUCGGGUACCAGCCGGCCGCGUCCGGCACGAGCGUGGACGUCGACAGGGAGAACGCCGCCGCGCUGGGCAAGGCAGUGCUCGCGGAGGUCGCCGUGCCGAUCGCCGUCUGCUGCCUCACGUACUCCGCGCUGUACUGGACUUAUCCCGCGGACAGGCAGCGCGCGCAGGUCGCCGCUCUGCAGGCGGCAGAGGAGGACAAGGACUGGGACUGUGAAGCAAGUGUAGUUGCAAACGCUACUCCGGCAGACGGCUUGAACCAGGCGCUACUACUACACGGGAGCAGAGUAGUAAAUCCUGCAGAGUAAUGCAUGCCUCCACGUCGAAUCACUUCAGCUUCAGGUUUCAGGGAGUAUCUUCGUGGGAGACAUACAAUAUUGUAGAUAGAUACAGGGGAGGUGUUCUACUCCACAACAUCAUACAUGUAUACUUGUAACUUGUAAAGAAUGUAAAAAGGGUAUUUCAUCUGCAGCAACGUCUGAAUCUAACGCAAUUGGUUGAGGUUUGGUAUC